AUGACUGGCACGGUGAAUCCAGCGUGGUGGCGGCGGCGCCCAAUCUCCACCGCAGGCACCAACUAUCCAACGGCCCGCCGCCACACACGUGUCAGGCUGGGCGUGAUCAGUCAUGCGCCGCCGUGGAAUAUUUUCACGGCCGUCAACCGUCAAAUGGCGGAUGAAAGUUUUACUAUAAAAGCGACCGGUCAGUCAGUAACAAGCGCUCUUCUCCUUUGCCCCUACCAGUGUGUUCUUAGCGAGCGAGCCAUGGAUUCCAAGGCCGAUCGCCAGGAUUUGCUCUUCUACCUCCUGCCGCUGAUCCAUUCCAAUGCGCCGAGUUUCCUGCCGCUGCUGCUCGCGCUGGGCGCGGUCCUUGCCGCGGCGGUGGCGAUCUUCCGCUGGACUAGCCGUGGGGGAUGCGCGUGGGCGGAUCGAUCCAGCACCAUCCCGGGGCCACGCGGUCUGCCAGUCCUUGGAUCGCUGCUGGAGAUGGGCGAUCUCGCGCACCACCGCCUGAGGAGCCUCUCGAUCGCGCACGGCGCGCGCAAGCUCAUGGCGCUCAGCCUCGGCUCCACGCGCGUGGUCAUCACUAGCGCUCCCGAAGUGGCGCGGGAGAUCCUCACCAGCGCUGCCUUCGCGGAUCGUCCUCUCAAGCAAUCGGCAGCGGAGCUCCUGUUUGGCCGCGCUAUCGGCUUCGCCCCCUACGGCGAUUACUGGCGUGGCCUCCGCCGGAUCGCCGCCAAUCACCUCUUCUCUCCGCGGAGGAUCGCCGCCCACGAGCCGCAGCGCCAGCGCCACACCGAGGUGAUGAUCGAUGCCAUCGCCAGCGCCGCCGGCAAGGAUCAUGGCAAGAGCGUCGGGAUUCGUGGAUUCCUCCAGCGUGCCUCCUUGGCCAAUGUGAUGCAGGGUGUGUUUGGGCGGUGCUACAGCGGCGCCGAGGAGGCGGAGCUCCAGGCGAUGGUGCGAGAGGGAUUCGAGCUCCUGGGAGCUUUCAACUGGUCGGAUCAUCUUCCCCUGCUCCGGGCGAUCAAUGUGGACCCCCACUCGAUCCAGGAGCGCUGUUCCAAGCUCGUCCCUCGCGUCCAGAAGUUCGUCCAGGCGAUCAUCGACGAGCACCGCCAGGCGCGCAGCGGCGGCGAUGAUCGGGAGAGCUCCGAUUUCGUGGACGUGCUGCUGAAUUUGAGCGGCGAGGAGAAGCUACAGGACCAGGAUAUGAUCGCUGUGCUCUGGGAGAUGAUCUUCCGCGGCACUGACACCACUGCAAUCCUCACGGAAUGGAUGCUCGCGGAGCUGGUCCUCCAUCCAGAAAUCCAGCGCCGCCUCUACCACGAGAUCGAGGAGCUCCAGUCCAAGAAAUCGCCACCAUCGCCACUCUCCGAUCAGGAUGUCGCAAGAAUGCCGCUACUCCAGGCCGUGGUCAAGGAAACUCUCCGCCUCCAUCCACCCGGUCCCCUCCUCUCGUGGGCUCGCCUCUCCACCCAGGACGUUACCAUCGCCGGCCACCACGUACCGCGCGGUACCACCGCCAUGGUUAACAUGUGGUCGAUCACGCACGACCCGGCCGUGUGGAGCGAGCCCGAGCUGUUCGUCCCGGACAGGUUCCUCGGUGUGGAGUUUGAUGUCAAGGGGACCGACCUGAGGCUGGCACCGUUUGGAGCUGGACGAAGGGUGUGCCCCGGCCGAGCUCUCGGGCUCGCUACUGUGGGUCUUUGGCUCGCCAAGCUCGUCGAAAGGUUUGAGUUUGUGGAGGACAAGGAGCGUCCCGUGGAUCUCAGCGAAGUCCUCAAGCUUUCGUGCGAGAUGGUGAAUCCGCUGAGUGUUGGUGCUGUGGAGAGGUGCCCGAUCGCUGCCAGCUCGUGACAAGUUCUCAAGUAUCAUCGUCGUCUUGGGUGGUUUCAGCAGGGAAGAUCAAACAAGGAUGAGAAAAGUGAAGAGAUCAGCAGCACCACCAACCUGAGCAUUUGUAAAAAUGCAUCGUCAUCCUCUCUUCAGUCUUGCGAGAGCUUUGGUUCUUUCGUUUUCUUGCACUUAGUUCCUUUCGUUCUUAGAGAUUUUGCUGACUUUCGGGCUCGAGAUCUCUGGAUUGGAAGUGUCUCCAGAGAUCGAAAAGUCCCCUUUUUUUGUACUUGGGGUCUUUCUUCUGUAUAAAACUUGCAUCUUCUAGAGAA